CAUUUUUACUUGUUUAUGUAUUGACACGGGUCUUGAAUGCCUUGUUUCAAAUUAUUAGCCUGAUGAGGUUUUUUUUGGUAAACGCCUUUAUUGCAGACUGUAAAACGGAUAUUAUAUAUAUACAUGUUUAAUUGACUUUUGCUCAUUCCACUUCAAGAAGAAAAAGUGUAUUUGGUUCAAAGCUGCGUUAUUGUUAUACGACUAUGAGACAUAUCACGUAUAAAGUCUUUGUUGCUGGUUUUCGAAUUACUUUUUUUAUCACAGUAGUUUUAUUAUUAUUACGCACAUCUCUGAUAUCUAGAAAUAUUCAAAGAGUCAAACAAUAUUUUACUUUCGAAUAUACCUAUAAGGUAAUUGAAGAGAAGUACAUAUUUAACUGCACGAAUAUGGAUAAAAUCAGAAUAACUAAAUAUGAAGUUGGAGAUGGGAGGUCAAAAGUCGUUGACAUUGGAUAUUUCAAUGGACAGGUAUUAGCUGUUAAGCGGUUGUCAAUCUUAAAACAGGAAGGCAUGGGAUGGGAAUCAAGGCAGAUGUUUUUUAUGAAGGAAAUCAUUAUGCGGGAUCAACUUGAACAUUCUUCCAUCAUUAAAAUGUAUGGCUUUUGCCUACGACAUUUACAUAUAGACUAUCAAGGACAGAACUUACUCAAAUAUUCUGAUAUUUCGGCUGUUUAUGAGUACGGGAAUGCAUUUGAUGUUCGUACUAAAUAUUUCACAAUACAAGAACGACUAAGACAUGCUUUGGAACUUGCUGAUUUAUUAUCAUAUCUUCAUAGUUCGCCUUUGGGAUCAAUGCUUAUUGUAGACUUUAAAAGUGAUCAUUUUCUUAUGGUAAACAACAGAAUUAAGCUUAUUGAUCUUGAUUAUAUCUCCAAUGUAGAACAUGGCUGUCAUCUAAAUCAAACAUUUACUCCGUGUCCAUUCAAUUGUCCUUGUGAACCCUUAAACAAGGUUGAAAGAUCAACAACAUUUUGUGAACCGGGAAGUAAUUGCAAUGUAGGCGUAUGUAGAGGUUGCAAUGUUAGAUUUAACAUUUAUAAUAUGUAUAACACAUUUCUGAAGUAUUUAUUAGAACCUUCUGUGUUUCCUGUCGAAAGUCGUCGGUCACUAACUGAUUUGUUAUCUAGAUUGCUCAAUAAUAGUGUUAAAAUCGAGGAGUUCGUUAACGGGCUUAUUUCAAUUCUGCGUAUACACACAAAAGGUUAAUAAAUACUAUACUGCAACUGUC